GUCUGGAGGACGUGAUAAUGCAAGAAAACCGACUCUAUUUGGUGUUUGAGUUCCUGUCGAUGGAUCUCAAGAAAUACUUGGAUUCGCUGCCAAACCCUAAGCUCAUGGAAGAGAGUCUCGUAAAAAGCUAUUUGUACCAAAUAUUGGACGCAAUAGUCUUCUGCCACUCGCGGCGUGUCAUACAUCGGGACCUAAAGCCGCAGAAUCUGUUGCUCGACUCGAAGGGAGUCAUAAAAUUGGCCGACUUUGGUCUGGCGCGGGCUUUCGGCAUACCGGUGCGCGUCUACACCCACGAAGUGGUCACUCUGUGGUACAGGGCUCCGGAGGUGCUGCUCGGCGGCCAACGGUACUCAACGCCGGUCGACAUCUGGAGUAUUGGCUGUAUAUUCGCGGAGAUGGCCAACAAAAACCCCUUAUUUCACGGCGACUCUGAAAUCGAUCAGUUGUUCCGUAUAUUUCGAACACUGGGAACACCGGUGGAGGACAACUGGCCGGGAGUGACACAACUGCCUGACUAUAAGCAGUCGUUCCCGAGUUGGAAAAAAAACAUUAUCCCGUCUCUGAUGCCAAACACAGAACAGUCCGGAAUAGACUUACUUCAGAGUAUGUUGAUAUACGACCCGCACAAACGCAUCUCAGCCAAAGCCGCCCUAAAGCACCCGUAUUUCAGCGAUUUAAAUAAGACUACACUUCCGACCGCUUCUAUGGCUGUCGACUAAGUCGUGUAAAUACGUUGACUCUAACACUCAGAUUCUUGUAUUGUAUGAAAGUAUUCACAAUUCAGUAUUAAAUUAAUGAUGACUUUCCACACGAAUGAAUGCCAAAUAUAUUUGUGUUCAACCAUUAACUACUUUUCUAUAUUUAUAACUUAUAAGCACUACUUAAGUC